CAUGUGACGUCAGACCACACCUCACCGGGGUACCGGCUCACCCCCGCCGCCCCGGCUGCUGCCGCGGCCGCACCUGCGGAUGGAUGGGGGCCGCGCGCACUUCAACGCGGCGUGCUGACGCGGACUCGGCGUCUCGCUGACGGCCAGGCCCCACCUCACCGCUUUAUAAGCAACCCGCAUCCCGCAAGCUGUCUUCUAUUCCCGUCCCCCGUCUCCCUCCCUCUUCUUACUCGUCGGCUCUCGCAGCGGCAGCGGCAGGCGGCGGCGGCAGCGGACGGCGAAGAACCCUACCCCUAGCCUAGCCUCCCGACCACCCCGCGCGGGCGAGGUUAGUUGGCCGUUGGAUUUGAUGGCGGUGGCGUCGCGGCUGGCGGUCUCGCGGGUGUCGCCGGAUGGCGCGGGCCCCGCGGCUGCGCGGAGGAGGGGGCGCCCGGCGGGGUUCGCGGCGGUCGGGCUCCCGGGGAGGGGGAGGAGGCGCGGCGGGGCCGUGGCGGCGAGCCCCCCGACGGAGGAGGCCGUGCAGAUGACGGAGCCCCUUACCAAGGAGGACCUCGUCGCGUACCUCGUCUCCGGGUGCAAGCCAAAGGAGAAUUGGAGAAUUGGCACGGAGCAUGAGAAGUUCGGUUUUGAAGUUGACACAUUACGCCCUAUAAAGUAUGAUCAGAUUCGUGACAUACUGAACGGGCUCGCUGAGAGAUUUGAUUGGGACAAGAUAGUGGAAGAGAACAACGUUAUCGGGCUCAAGCAGGGAAAACAAAGCAUCUCACUAGAGCCUGGUGGCCAAUUUGAACUUAGUGGUGCUCCUCUUGAAACAUUACAUCAAACUUGUGCAGAGGUCAAUUCACAUCUUUAUCAGGUCAAAGCAGUUGGAGAGGAAAUGGGAAUAGGAUUUCUUGGACUUGGCUUUCAGCCAAAAUGGGCACUGAGUGAUAUACCAAUAAUGCCGAAGGGGAGAUACGAAAUAAUGAGGAAUUACAUGCCUAAAGUUGGUACUCUUGGCCUCGAUAUGAUGUUCCGGACAUGUACCGUGCAGGUUAAUCUUGACUUCAGUUCGGAACAGGAUAUGAUAAGGAAAUUUCGCGCUGGCCUUGCAUUGCAGCCUAUUGCAACAGCAAUAUUUGCCAAUUCUCCCUUUAAAGAAGGAAAGCCAAAUGGAUUUCUCAGCUUAAGGAGCCAUAUCUGGACAGAUACUGAUAACAACCGUGCAGGGAUGCUCCCUUUUGUCUUUGAUGACUCAUUUGGAUUCGAGCAAUAUGUGGAUUAUGCAUUAGAUGUCCCUAUGUAUUUUGUGUAUCGAAAUAAGAAGUAUAUUGACUGCACCGGAAUGUCAUUUCGGGAUUUUAUGCAAGGAAAGCUCCCACAAGCUCCUGGGGAAUUGCCUACUCUUAAUGAUUGGGAGAACCAUCUAACAACAAUUUUUCCUGAGGUUUACUCUUUUAUCCCUUUACACGAUUGCAUCUGUCAUCGUUAUUUUAUCAUGCUUACUGUAUCCUUUGUAUUCUGCUUGCAGGUUAGGUUAAAGAGAUACCUUGAGAUGAGAGGUGCUGAUGGUGGCCCGUGGAGGAGAUUGUGUGCUUUGCCCGCAUUUUGGGUUGGGCUGUUAUACGAUGAGGAAUCAUUACAAAACAUUUUGGACAUGACUUUUGAUUGGACAAAGGAGGAAAGAGAGAUGCUAAGGCGGAAGGUACCGGUGACUGGUUUUAAGACACCAUUUCGUGACGGAUAUGUAAGAGAUUUAGCUGAAGAAGUUCUAAAAUUGGCCAAAAAUGGAUUAGAAAGAAGAGGGUACAAGGAGGUUGGUUUCUUGAGAGAGGUUGAGGAAACGGUGGGAACAGGAGUGACACCUGCCGAGAGGCUUCUGAAUCUGUACGAGACCAAGUGGCAACGCAACGUGGACCAUGUUUUCGAGCAUUUAUUGUACUGAUGACUCUGGAUAGAGCUUGUAGAUGUACUCUGAAUACACAAUCUCGCCUUGAUUCAUUUCAACGCCUGGAGCUGCAAGCCUGAUGCUCAGGCUCAGCUUGGUUGCUCGUUGACGAGGGAAACCGCCACCUGGCCCGGCGCUGCGGCUGCAAAUAACUUCGCUCGGACCACUGUGUUUUGACUUCACCCCCGAUCUCCAGGGGAGAUGGAACAAACCACUACAUUUUGUACCGGCCCUUUCGUUCUGAGAUUGAAUGUCAGCAUGAAAAAUAACAAGCCCAUCCUCUGUACGAUGGCAACGGUUUGUUUCUUCCUUCAGAUUUUUGUUGGGAUGUUUGUGCCGGGGUUCACUACAUGCUAAAGCAAUCGCAUCGACGAUAAAUAAACCGACGGUUUGAUCCGUGAA